GAUGGCACACGUUUCUCGCGCUCAUUUAGUAAUUUAUACUGACUUUUCAAAGUCCUGUCAAAUACAAACCCCUCGAGUUUUCGAUGUAGCACGGUACAGUGGCACGAGGGAAAGUAGGCUGAAUGGUUGGGCUGUUGGGCAAUCUAAAUAUCUCAUGCGAAAAGAAUACCUGCGCAAUGCGAAACGCAUACACGCUUCCACUUCCAUUCCACCUACAAGCAUGUCCAUCUCCAUCGCGAGCGCCGAGCACUGAGCGCCACCAGAGCAACAUAUUGGCACGACCAAGAGUACCAGUUAUCUCCAGGACUUUAAGACGGUCGGUUCGAUUUAAUAUUAAAAGUCCUUAUUUAUUGCGAAGGAUUUCUGCUGCUAUUCCAUAAUGUAUUCUAUUCUGCUUGAAUUUUUAAUCGAUUUAAUACAAGUUCAGUGUUAAUCACCAUUGUUUCAAAUAUCCUUGAAGCACUGGCACAGCUUAAACAACAAUUAUUCGACAGCAAAACAAAAAGGAUAUGUCAAAAGUUUUCAAUUUAAAAAAGUAAGAAGCUAUUUUAUGAGUGUUUUUGUUUCUGUGUGUUUGUCUAGCAGUGCGGUUCCCAAUACAAAAGCAAUAAAUAUAAUUCUUAAAAGAAAAAGACCAUAAGGUCGUGUUUCAAUUGAUUAUAAUUUAAAACAUAAAAGCAUAAGAAAUACAAAAUAAAAACAACAACAACAACACAAAGACAGAAAGGACACAUUUUUCCAAGUGUACCUUUAUAUAUUGAGCCUUAUAACCUUCCUCGUAUAUAUUUUCAAUUUAUAUUCGCUUUCGCAACUUCAAUGGGUUAAGUGGUGGGUUACGUAAAAACGAAAGGAUUUCGCUUAUUAAGGAGAAUUUCAAAUCGGAUUUUGGAAUUUAUGGAAUUGUACCCAGAGGAUCUAUAUAAAUAUAUUUACCUUCCUACACCCAUCAGAAACUACCUACGCACAUUUAUUUUGAAAUAAGUGUAGUGAAUAUUCGAUUUAUACUCCUUCACAUUAAUGUUGUUUGGUGAAACAACGACAACGGCUUCGGCCUUCCAUGUCCAUGGAGGCUAUUUAUCAUAAAAUAAGCAGAAAACUUUUGGAAAACUACACAAUCUGAGUUAAUUAAUAAUUAAGUUAUAAAUCAUAAUUAUUUUCGUAUAAUGUGUUCAACUGUGAUGAGGAAGUUAAAUAGAGCCACGAGGACGGUGACGACGACAAAAUGUUCGAAACCCAAUUGGUACUGUUUGAUGCACUGAUGAUUGUGGUGCUGGAUGCCCUUUUUAACGUAAAGGCUCUGUCCUCGGUAUGACACAAGAUAUUAUGUCCUUUAUGCAGACAUUCACCAUCGCCGAUACACUUGCCGCAGUCCUGAACUCCACUAGCACAUCGAUUCUAGACUAUCAGCUGAACACCAGCAGCAGCACCAUUCAGGGUAUCCUUUUGGCGAAUGUAACCGGCAUCGUGCAGGAUUCAGAGGACAGCGGUAGUGGGAGUGGCAUUGGCAUUGGAAGCAAUGGAACAACAGAAGGAGCAGAAGAAAUAGAUGUCGAAGAGAAUUGGAUCAAAUUAUCCAUUUUCCUAAUUAAAGCGUUCAUCUUUUCUACAAUUAUAAUCGCUGCAGUUCUGGGAAAUGCUCUUGUUAUUAUAUCAGUUCAGCGCAAUCGGAAAUUAAGAGUGAUAACAAACUACUUCGUCGUGUCACUAGCAAUGGCCGACAUGCUAGUCGCACUGUGUGCAAUGACCUUUAAUGCAUCCCUGGAGCUUUCCGGUGGCAAAUGGCUGUUUGGCCCGUUCAUGUGCAAUGUUUACAAUAGUCUGGAUGUGUACUUUUCCACCGCUAGCAUCCUGCAUCUGUGCUGCAUAUCAGUCGACAGAUACUAUGCUAUAGUCCGUCCCCUGGAAUACCCACUGAACAUGACCCACAAGACGGUUUGCUUUAUGCUGGCCAACGUGUGGGUCCUGCCCGCGCUAAUAUCGUUUACUCCGAUAUUCCUGGGAUGGUACACGACGGCGGAGCAUCUACGGGAAAUGAACAAAAAUCCGGACGCUUGUUCGUUUGUAGUAAAUAAGGCUUACGCCUUGAUAUCGAGCUCUGUGAGUUUUUGGAUUCCUGGAAUCGUUAUGGUCGUCAUGUACUGGAGAAUCUACAAAGAAGCAGUGCGCCAACGAAAGGCCCUUAGCCGGACGAGCUCGAACAUCCUGCUGAAUAGCGUUCACAUGGGUCAUACACAGCACGCAAUCGGGAGCCACCACAUGAACUACAUGCAUCCCAGUGAGUGCGAGCUGAAUCUGGCCAGGGAGGAAACGCACAGCGCCAUAAGCAAUUUGGAGGAACUUCCCUCCCCGAGUGAGAAUGAAAAAGAAGACUGCGACGAACUUCGUGUACCAUCGCCACCCCAACGACGACUCAGUCGAAGUAGUAUCGAUCUGCGUGACCUCGAGCAAGAACGCUUCGAAAAGGUCACCCACACAGAUAGUGCUCCCUCUAUGAUUGCGUUGCACUACCAACAACUGCAAUUGCAGCAUCAAAAACAACAACAACAAGAAUUCCAAGAUCAAACCCAAACGAAUUGGACACAAUUCUUGCAGCCGAAUUCUUCCAAUCUAGCACCCAGCUCUGCCAAUCACAGUGAAAGCUCAUUCAAUCGAAACGACAGCAAUAUUUACGACUCGAGCAAAGGAAUAACGAUCGAAAAAGAGAAGGGUCUGCACCUGCUCGGCGUGCAAUCGAAAGACGAAAUCAAUGAGUUCUAUGCGAGUAUCAAGAACCUACGGAAGUAUCAGCAGAGUGUUGUGCCAAUCGAGGAGGACAACCAACAGCUCAAGCGAUUUAUUGAGGAUAAUUUUUUCUAUUUCAAGCAACAAAUCGAUAAAUCUAGCGACAGUUCUCGUACAAAAUCUGCCAUGAAGCCCCCUAUUAAGUGUUCAGCCCUUAGUGAAAGUGAUUUUAUCAAAAUGAAGAGCGGUCAAAUUGCGAGCCUUUCACCGGGCGAUGUUCAGCAAAUGACUCAGAAGCAACGAAAACUGUUUGCCGUGAGUGAUUCUGAGUUCAUAUUCUCGUUCAACGGCAAGCCAAUGAAGAAAAUAUCCCUGAAGAGCGAGAAGGGAGUGCUGAAGAAUUUGCUGUCGAAGACAAAGCGCACAAGCGACUAUUUGUCUCUGGAGAAGAAGGGUGAUAAGUCUGAAGAGGAGAUCAGUUGCAGUCGAUCCAGCUUUUUUAAAAAGAGCCGCAACCGAAAACUAUCUCACUCCUACAAUGGAGUCGGAAAGGCCGUGGGACAUCGUCAGAGGAACCCCAGUGAUACAGACGACUCAGAUGGCGUUAUAUAUCUACCCCGAAUGCUGAGUGAGGGACAUGAAGUCGAGGGAGGCUCGAAACCCGCCACUACAACAACUCCCGAUAUCCUGCUAGACCUCCACAUUCUUGGAUGUGAAAAUCGAACAGAACAGGUGGCUCAGAAUCAGAACAGUCAGAACAGUGUGGAAGAACUUAUCAAUUUCAGCUCCGAAACAACACCACAACGCAAUAUGUACUGCAGCAGUAGCAGUUUUACCAACAGAGAAACGUCUCCGUUGAUGUCCCCUUUGCAUCCCGGGACGCCCCCACCAUCUCUGACAGCUUCAAUAAUCGACUCGGACAAUCUAUUCCUGGACACCGAAACCCCCCCGACUACUUGUGAUAAAAACAACCAAAUCUCCGAUAGCGACGAUCUCGAGGAAAUCUUCCGUUCCAUGGGAUCACCUCUCUCCGAUCAGGGUGAAAUCUACUCGAGCAGUUUUAUGCUGAGCAGUGAUAAUAUAAGACAGCGACUUAGCACGCUCAGCGAUCAGUUGCCACCAAAUAGGUUCGUAAUUUCACCGCCUACAACGCCGAAUUCGGUAAAAAAUAUUCCCGAGCUUAUCGAACAACCCCUCAGUCCACAAAAUGUCUACUUCUUGUCACCCCUCAACACGGGUUUCUCAUCGAACGUCAACCAGGUUAUCAGUGAUUCGUCAACGAUAUCGCUGGAUGUGGUUACCACACUGCCAGCUCAACAGCAUAUUUCUACAAAGCCAGAAAUCAUAUUGGAUUCCACUUUAUCGCCAACAUCAGUUAAGAGCGCUGACAUAUCAGUUGAUGACAAGGACUUCACGUCUCCGCUGCGCGGUGAGGAUGAAUCGAGGAAGCAUGGUUUCUAUUUGGAUGGAAUUCAAAAUGUCCGAAAACGCCAGGCCUCGGUGGUGACUUAUGAUGUAAAUGUGAUAAACUUUACCCAGGACAGUAGUGAUAGCCGUAGUUACAUACCCAUGGGGCGUGUUUCAACUAGUUCUGCAACUCCAAACUAUCAAUCAAAGUCGUCCUUGAAAAGACGAGGUGGCAUAUGCAUUGUUAUAGAUGGAGAUGAACUAGAUGCAGACGAGUCCACUGACACGGCCAUAGAUAGUUUCAAUCAAAAUGCUCCUGCCAAAAGUAGACUUCAUCGCUUUGUCACUGGUAGUACAAAAAAACACAAAAAGAAGACUAAGGCAAAACAUUUUAAAGCGAAAUGUACAUGCUCUUCUCGAACCUCCUCCGAAGAGGUCCAAGCCAAUGAGCAAUCGAAAAAACGGAAAAUGUUUUGGCAUAAAAACCGUUGGCAACAUAGGCGUCGGGAGCCUCACCGCGCCGGAUGUCAAUGCGAUGCUAGUGGUGGUUCUGUUCGACCAGGAAAAGGCUGGAGAGCAGAGCACAAAGCCGCUAGAACUCUGGGAAUCAUAAUGGGGGUAUUCCUCUUAUGUUGGCUUCCAUUUUUCCUAUGGUACGUUAUUACCUCAUUGUGUGGUCAAGCCUGCCCUUGUCCUGAUAUCGUUGUUGCGGUAUUAUUUUGGAUAGGUUACUUCAACUCAACCCUAAAUCCUCUCAUUUAUGCUUAUUUCAAUCGAGACUUCAGAGAGGCUUUUCGAAAUACACUGGAAUGUGUAUUGCCGUGUCUUCAAAAAAGGAAUCCAUACAAUGCAUACUACGUAUAGCAUAGCUAUUAAGUUUAUUUGAUUAACUUUAAACAAACAAACAAAUUACAAAUUCAUUGCACAAAUUUUAUAUCACAACACAGAAAUGGACUUAUAGUAAAAAAAAAAUAGAGACAGAGAGAGAGAGAUAGACAGAAAGAGUGUCAAAAAAGGUAUUAUAUACAAAAUAUUCCAAGUGAUGUUUGUUUUUGAAAUCAAAUUCCAGAUUUUCAAGUAAUUGUUUGAUAAGAUUUUUAUGGCUAGAUAAGUAAGAUGAUCUUCAUGUAAGAUUUAUUUGUAGGAAUUAGAUUAUGGGAAUGUAAUUUUUGUUUUUAAUGUAAGGAAUAAUGAAUAUUAAUGUACUUAAGGAGUGAGAAAUACGCAUGUAAUAUUAUUUUUGAAACUUAAUACUUUCCUUAUGUGAGUUUUUUAAAGUGAUUUGGCUAAUGGAAAUUCAUCAACUUAGCCAGUUUUCCUUGUGAAUUUAUUGCAUCGAGAAUAUCGAUUUCUCAAAAACUACCUAUCGCACAAGAAAACCAUCAGGUAUUAAGCUGUUAGAAAAGCUUAAACAAAGUAAUGACGCUAUUUGAUCGUCAAAAUCAUACAAAUCUUUCCAUUCUUUAAAAUAGACUUUUUUUCGGGAAAGUAAUAUAUCAGACAUAACCGCGACCUUAAAUUAAAUACAAACAAAUUUUUUUAGAUUUUACUGCAACCUACAACUAAUCAAUGUAUUAAAACCAGGAUAAGUUAAAAAAAAAAGCCUCACAAUUCUUAAUAUUCUUUGAAAAUGUUACUUGCUAAAUAUUUAUUAAGUUUCAUCUUCACAUAUAAAGCAGGAUUCCGAGUCGGAUUCAAUUCCUUCACUCAAGAUAGUUUUUUCAACAAAAAUAUUACUUUAAAACAUGUUUUCGAUAUCCGGGUUUUUCACCUAGAAAAGUUUUGCUCAAAUACCCGAGAAUAAAAAAGUGUUUAAGAUAAGGUUGUUUUUCUGUUAUAUAAACUUUCAUACAUUUUGCAAUCGAUUUUCGCUCUUAUCAGUUAUUGGGUAAUUUAUACCCUGAACCAUUUUCUCGCAGUCAAAACGUCAAUACGUACUUUUGGUCGCAUGGUCAUUUCUUAUUCCAUUUGGUCCCUUUUUUAAGAAAUUGAAAAAAAAAUAACUCGACUCUAUUCCUUUUAUAUUCUCAAAAAUAAAAUGCUUACCUUAAUUGAUUUUCAUCUAAUGUAAAUGGUACAUAAAUGUAAUUAAUUGAACGCACCCCAUAACAAAUGCACGAUCAUUGAGCGCGUUCAUAAAGCUAGCUACGUAUUCAAAAUUCAACUAGCUUCGUGAAUUCAAAACUACACUACCAAGCUAGUCAGUCUGCAAAAAAUGCGAAUAUAUAAAAUAAGAAACAUUUUUGAUUUGAUAACUUUAACUCAUCUUUUGUGUUUUUUAAUAAAAUCAAAUUUAAGACACAAUUUGAAUGAUUUAUAUUUGUAUUUAAAUACUGAACGAUUUUCUUCAUUUUGAAUUAGUGCGUUUUACCGAGCAGCUGAUUUUGAAACUUCAAAACCAUUCUCCACUAACUUUGUAGCCGAAUUUUGUACACUACGUCGGAGGGGAAAUUUCAACUACUUUUGUUGUUGGAUUUAGCCAAUCAGAAUCCCUUGUCUACGUAGCCACUAUAGCUUUGUGAAUGCGACCAUUAUAUGCAUUUAAUUUCACAAUUUAAUGACAGAUGGCCUAACACCUCAGAAUCUUAUAAUCUUACGGAGAAAAUUGAUAUGUCAGAAUGUUGGGAAUAAGUCAGUUAUCAUAAAAAUGCUUUAAAUGAAUAUUUUUUUUAAAAUUAGAGUAAGUUCGUUUGUAACGUACUAUUUUUUGUAGAUUUUAAUUUGUUUAUGAAAAAAAUGACAAACAAAAU